UUAAAUCUCGCGCCUCGCAUGGGGCCGACCGGGGGGGGCAUUUAAAGAAUUUCUCGACCCCUUGUUGUUGCUGUCGUCGGCGCACACACACGUCGUGUGAAUGUCGAAUCUCAUCCUCCGUCACCGUGUCGGUGUCACCUCCACUACCGCACGACUCCUCAUCAAUAUGGCACGGAAUAAACGAAGCUCCGGCAACAACAACACCACCGCAAAUCGUAACGAGGGAAGAGCGACAAGCAGGAGUAGGAGUCCUCGUGCCUACGAUGGCGGCGAAAGGGAGUACAGGAGGAGAGACGAUGAUCGCCGCGGCGCAGGAGGGGGAGCGGUGUCGCAAGCCACGCCGAUGAAUGUGUGGCAAGGAGGAAGAGAGGGAGGAGGGGGAGAAGGAGGAGGAGGAAGGACAAGGGCAAGCAGAAGGGAGCAGUUCCAGCUGCCCGAGCGACUGAACAUCCCGCCCCCAACGACAGCGCCUCGCGGCAGUGGACACGACAACUACACACCACACGGCGCAAACUACAACCGGGAGGGACACUACGGCAGCUUCAACCACAAUAACUACAACAACAAUCGUGGAAUGGCGAACCUACCACCUAGGCCUCCGCCCUCGACAGCCAUGCCCGUGCACGGCUAUGCCGCCCGUCCACCAACGCACACAAGGUUCUUCCAUGACGAUCGGCACCAGCAGGCUCCGCAGAAAGGAGGCUGGAAGCCGCAGAACCUGCAACGGCCAGGAGGAGGCUGGCGGCAGAUGGAGGAGUUUGAACGGAAUGAGCAGCCGCACCCGGAUUACGUGAAGCGGGGGGCCUAUAACCCGCCAUCGGCGCCGCAAGGCAGAGCCCAGCAUAUUUCGCAACGGGGCCAUGCACAGCCGGAGGAGCGGAAGCACAACUUUGGGUUCACAAUCCAACGUCAGUACGGGGGCGCCCCCGACGGAAAGCACAACCCUCAGCCUACAACUCAACAUCAGUACGGAGGGGCGGCCUACGACCGCACCGCGCAGCCCACAAUAGCGCCCGUCGCCACCGCCGCAUACCUCGAGCAAUCCUUACAGCCAUCGCAGAAGCUCAGCACACCCAAGGAACUGCUCGUGAUCCUGGAUCUGAACGGAACUCUUCUUUUCCGUAAGAAGGGGAGGAACGCAACGGGUUCGUCAGCUCCCACCCUACGUCCCGGCCUUUCGGGUUUCUUGAACUACGUCACCGGCAACUUCAAAGUCAUGAUCUGGACUUCCGCGCGCCCCGACAACGCAAAGCGCAUGGUUGAUGCCGCGUUCACCAAGAAGCAGAAGCAGAAGCUCGUCGCUGUGUGGGCCCGCGAUACGCUGGGCUUGACCUCGUCCCAGUACAACGCCAAGGUCCAGGUCUACAAGACGCUCGAGAGGAUAUGGAACGGGAGGUUUGCGAUCAAGGGUAAGGCGGCUUUUGAUCAGACCAACACGGUUCUCUUCGAUGACUCGACCGAGAAGGCUGUGGGUCAUCCGUACAACCUGGUCUGUGUUCCGGAGUUCGACGGCAACCAGAGCCAGAUUACAGGAGAUAUGGUGCUCCAGCAGUGUAUUGAGUAUCUGGAGAAACUCAAGUGGCAGUCGGAUGUAUCUGCUUACAUACGUGCACAUCCAUUUGAGUCCGUCACUAAAUCUAAGGGGACACCUAAGGGUGCUGGACCGAGACAGACAGCUAAGGAAUUGUCUGUCGAUGAAGACGAUGUUGCUGAACAUAAGGAAGAUGGGGAGGAGGAAGACGAAGACGGUUAUCCCGAAGAUAAGGAGGAGGGGGAGGAGGAAGAGGAAGACGAUUAUGCCGAAGAUAAGGAGGAGAGCGAGGAUCAAGAGGAGGGGGGUGUCAAGCUCCGCGGUUGGAGGCGAUGAUCAAGUCCAUUCAUGAUGUUUUGCUUUGCCACUUUGGUGCCAGUAUACCCGCAGUUUUACUCUGUAUAAUUGGGAGGGGGGCGGUGCCCGGACAGCGUUGUUUUUCUAGGUGAAGCGGUUUCAAUUUUGCAAGACCUUUUAACAAACAAAUAGAAGAAGUA